UGGGCGUGUGCACGACCAUCAAGUUUGCCCGUGAAAAAUCGAAACAAGCAUAUAACAGAUAUCCUAGAGAUCUUACAAAAAAAAUAUGAAAAUUUAGGAGAUCAAUGGCGUGUAAAAGGAUACACUAAAGCAAUUUCCUCAAUUAAGAAUUAUCCUAGAGAAAUUACUACCCGAGAGGAAGCAGAGGCAAUUCCAAAUAUCGGAAAACGUCUAGCAGAUAAAAUAUGGGAAAUUAUUAGUUGUGGUCAUCUUAGAAAAUUAGAUUACAUGGAUAAUGAUGUACAGACUGCUCUAAAUGUCUUUACUAAGAUAUGGGGAGCAGGUCCAGCUACUGCGCACAACUGGAUUGCUCAAGGCUUGUAUACACUGGAUGACAUACGGGCCAAAGCAAAACUAAAUUACCAUCAAAGCAUUGGAUUAAAAUACUACGAUGAUUUCAAUGAAAGGAUUCCUCGAGCUGAAGUGGUAGAGAUUGAAGCUGUAAUUCGAGAAGAAGCUACAGCUAUUGAACUUGGCCUAGAAGUGAUAACAUGCGGCUCUUAUCGCCGUGAGAAGCCUACAUGCGGUGACGUAGAUAUUUUGAUUUCACAUCCAAAUGGCCGCUCUCAUCAAGGUGUUUAUCAUAAGCUGCUGCGGCGGUUACAAGCUAAAGAUUUCUUAACUGAAAUCUUAGUUAAUCAAGACGUCGAUAUCGAUCAUCAAAAGUUAUUAGGCGUUUGUAAAUUGCCAGAGGAGGGUAGAAAGUAUCGCCGCUUGGAUAUUAUUGUUGUCCCUUACCGUGAAUGGGCUUGUUCUCUUUUAUACUUUACUGGAUCUGGGCACUUUAAUCGUUCAAUGAGGUUACUUGCUCGGAAAAAGAGAAUGCAUCUCUCUGAACAUGCAAUUAGCGUUGGAGUAUUACGUAAGGUGACUGCAUGCUCUGGAAAUCAAAAACUAACUCGUGGUACCCCUGUACCCACGAAAUGCGAAGCAGACAUUUUUGCUUUACUGGGACUCGACUACUUAGAGCCAAAAGAUCGAGACUGUUAG